AUGGAUACAAAAUUAUUUGAAACAUGCAGAAGUCUUCGAUUACGUCGAUCAACAUCAUCAGUAGCAGCAAAUUUUACUCUAAAUUUCAACAAUAAAUCUUUUGAUAAUCUCAUAGAUUAUGAAGAGGAAUCGGCUUUCUGUGAACCGGUUUACAGUCUUUUAGACUUUUUCCAUCAGUACUAUAUUCCAUUUAUUAUUCUAGUCGGAUUUGUUGGCAAUUUGCUGUCCUGUAUUGUGUUUUUAAAUACCCAUCUAAAAAUGAGAAGUUCCAGUUAUUACUUAGCAGCAUUAGCAACCACUGAUUUCAGUUUUCUAGUUUCAUUGCUUUUCGUUUGGCUUAACAGUCAAAUUGGUUGGCGGGUAUUUAACAAGGAUGGUUGGUGUGAAGUUAUAGUGUACGUGAGUGCGGUUUGUAGUUCAUUAAGUGUAUGGUUAAUUGUUGCUUUUACUGUAGAACGGUUUAUUGCUGUACAAUAUCCGCUACAAAGACCAUACAUUUGCACUGUCGCCAGAGCAAAAACAAUUAUAUUAAUUCUGGUGAUUUUAGCACUUGGUUGUCAUUCAUAUGUUUUUGUAACUGCUGGUGUAAUUAAAAGUCGUGAUGGAAGUGAAGACAUUUGUGAUUUAAAACUGGAAUAUCUUGAAGUUAUGAGGAUUAUUAAUAUCACUGAUACUGUAGCCAGUCUCAUUGCUCCAUUGAUUCUUAUAGUUGUGAUGAACACUAUGAUUAUGCGAAACUUUUUAAAGUUUAGUAGAAGAUUCAAACAAGCACCAACCAUGACAACCGUUAUUUCUAAUCAGUGUCCCAGUAGGGAACGCUCUGAAAUCAAUCUCAAUCAAAUCCCAAGUGGAAGCAGUGGUAACAGCGGUAUAAUUCUCGGAACUCGGAGGGUGCCAUCACAACAAUCAUCUCAUUCAUCUAAGCACAAUCACUCUCAUCACUCGUCAACGGGUAUGGCAGUGGCAGUACAAACAACAGCAACAGCUAUUGGAACAACGGCACCCCCGGUGAUGUCUUCAUCGGCACAGGGUCGUAACGGAGUGUUUUCACCUCCGGAAGUCGUUACACGUUGUAUACACAUUAGAUCAUCGUCUCGAAAUUUGGCAACAACUCGAAAUCAACAGAGUAUCACGAAAAUGCUGCUUCUUAUCAGUACAGUUUUUGUUCUUCUCAAUUUACCCAGCUAUGCUAUUCGUCUCUGCAUCUUUUUCUUCGCUUUGGCUAGACGAGACCGACCUGCAUUGUUAUGGUGUCUUCAGCAAUUUUUUAUGCUCCUCUACUACACCAACUUUAGCAUAAAUUUUCUACUGUACGCUAUGUGUGGUAUAACAUUUAGAAGAUGCCUUGAUCAACUUUUACGAAAAUGUCUGAAGAAUGUCACAAGAUAUCUUGGCAGACGAAGAAGAAACUCCGAGAGCUCUUAAGUCAAAUAAAAAAAUCUAAUCGGAAGAUUCACUCAAAAAC